UUUCCUGUCCCAUCCUACCCUACCUUCGCUCGGAUACAGCUACACCGACCGGAGCUGGUAGGAUGAAAGUCUGCUGCUUUAACUUUUGUGCCGCGGCCUCGUGUUAACUUCGGGUGAUAUUUGUACGCGGUUUCCGCUCUGUUUGUCUCCUCGGACUCCUUCCUGACUGCUGCUCCACCGGCUCAGCUUUGCUUUGCCUCUCUUCCAUCUUUAAGCCUCAGUGUGAUGCAAAUACGUGAUAACUUUGGUUUCGCUGCACUAUUUACUACUUUACAUGUAGAAUGUUGCAAGGAUGUACAUCCUGUAUGAACGGUUGAGUAAUGACAGAGUUCCUCAUAUUGUUACUUACUCUGAGACACUGUGUGUUCUGAGGCUUUGAGGAGUGGAGUAAACUAGUGUAAACUUCUCAGGUGCUGCUGUGGUCCGACUGGUUUCAACUAGCAGCCCCUCAGGAUUGCAAUGGAUCAAAGUGGAGCCAGUGAAUGGCCUGGACGAGGCAGGAGACCCUCCAGUCCCUCCUCUGGGACGCCCAUGGGUGCCAAGGGACAAGCUGCACAGAAUAGUCAGAGGCCCAAAGUAAAGAUAACUCCCUUCCACAGCUCGCCCAUAGUCAGCGGUGAUGGAGCUCUCCGCAGCAAACGACCAGGAGCUUCUGGGAGACCGCUGGCAUCCCCUGGCAGCCUGUUGCUGGACACACCUUGUCGGCUGAUUGCUCCCCCUGUCAGAGAGAGACUUGCUGCUGCUGCUGCUGCUGCUGCUGCUGCUGCUGCUGGUGCUGCUGGUGCUGCUGGGAGCUCAGGGGAACAAACUCCCAGUUCAGGCUCUGUUCUGGCCACAACAGGAGAAAAGGCACAGGCCACUGGCAGGAAGGCACCAAAAUUGAGCCUGACAGACUCUGUGAAGCCUGGACCACCAUCUACCACGGCGCUUCGUCACAGCCAGAAAGGCAAAGGCAAAGAGAGGAGAGCUGUCUCUACCUCCGUCAAACCUCAGUCAGCUGUGAAGAGGAAGAAGAGAAAGAUGGGAAUGUACAACCUGGUCCCCAAGAAGAAGGCCAAAGCACUUAAACUGCAGGACAAGAAAGAGGAGUCAGGAGCCCGUAUGGAGAAGAACCGAACUGCAGCAGAUAAGAAACCAGUGAUUCUAUCAGAGACUCUGAAGGCCGCAAAGCUGCCAGUUGCCAGAAACGAAUCACUGACAGAGGUGGAACCUGGAGAAGGCAGCCACGUUGAAUACACAGAGCUGACUUUGGACUGUCUGGACCUGAAAGCUCAGGAAGAGCUGCUCUCCCCUCCCCUAGCAGCAGAUGCAGAGGUGACAGAAACAGACCUGGCUGAGGAGUUGCCACUGUGCUGCUGUCGUAUGGAGACUCCUCACAGCGGAGGCAGUCUGUCCACACUGGAGCAGACUUGCAUGGCCAUGGAGAGCACGGAUGGAAUGCUGAGUCGUUGCCAGAAGCGAGUAAUGAAACAGGAAAUGAUGCGACCCUCCAACACGGUCCAUCUGCUGGUUCUGUGUGAGGACCACCGGGCCGGCAUGGUUAAGCACCAGUGCUGCCCCGGCUGUGGACUCUUCUGCAGGGCGGGCACCUUUAUGGAGUGCAGGCCAUACGGCAGCAUCUCCCACCGCUUUCACAGAGACUGUGCCUCCAUCUUGAAGGAUCUCAAGUUUUGCCCCCACUGUGGAGAGGAUGCCAGCAGGGCGAAGGAGGUCACCGUGUCAAAUGCUGAUCCGUCGCCCUCUGUACCCAGGUCGAACCCUGGCCCGUCACUACCCACUGUGGCCACACUGCCAUCAGUACCAACCACGCCUGCUGUUCCACAGAUACUCAGAGCUAAGAAAACCAGUGAGCCACAGAGGAGCAGAGACGAGAGCCCGAACAGGUUAAAGGGCGAGGCUGUGGGCACUGCAGAUAGACUACCUAAAGAGUCACUGGAGAGCAUCCUAAUGGCACUGGAUGAUGAGAACCUGAAACCAAAGAAAGUGAAGUACCCCACCAGACAGCUGUACAUCUCUGCAAAACAAGGCGAGCUCCAGAAGGUCAUUCGUCUUCUAGUUGAUGGAAAGGACCCCAACUUUUUAAUGGAGGGCCAAAACAAACGCACCCCUCUUCAUGCAGCAGCUGCUGAGGGCCACCAGGAGGUCUGCCACAUGCUGGUCCAGGCUGGAGCCAACCUGGACAUGUUUGAUGAGGAGCAGAGGACGCCACUGAUGGCGGCCUGUGAAAACAGCCAUCUGGACACAGUGAAGUACCUGCUGAGAGCUGGAGCAGCUGUCAGCCACAAGGAUAUCAUGGGUUUCACCUGUCUACAUCUGGCAGCUAAACUGGGACAUUAUGACAUAGUCCAUCAUCUGCUGUCCAAGGCAUCCAAAUACAUCAACUGUCAGGAUGAUGGUGGAUGGACUCCCAUCACCUGGGCCAUCGAGUACAAGCACAAGGAGCUGGUCCACCUGCUGCUGGCCAAAGGGGCUGAUGUUAACAUCAGAGACAAGGAAGAGAACGUCUGCCUGCACUGGGCGGCUCUGUCGGGCUGUGACGACGUUGCUCAGGCUCUGCUUGAUGCUCGAUGUGACCUCAAUGCUGUCAACGUUCAUGGUGACUCACCGCUUCAUGUCGCUGUCAGAGAGAGCCACCUGGAGUGUGUGAUGUUGUUUUUGUCUCGUGGUGCUGACGUCAAUCAGAGGAACAGGGAUGGAGAGGCGGCUCCGGACUGCUGCGUCUACGGCUCCAAGGUGUGGACGGCCCUCAAUGCCAACAAGAAGCUGACUGACGCCAGGAGAGGCAGGGACUGUCAAGGGGAAAGAGUGCUCAGCAGGGACAUUUCUCGGGGCUACGAGGCAGUUCCUAUCACCUGUGUUAAUGGUGUCGACAGCGAGCCAUGCCCUGAAAACUUUAAAUACAUACCAGACAACUGUGUCACCUCCCCACUGAAUAUUGACAAGGACAUCACUCACUUACAGCACUGCAGCUGCACAGACGACUGCUCGUCCAGUACCUGCGUGUGCGGCCAGCUCAGUCUGCGAUGUUGGUAUGACAGCGAGGGUCGACUACCUCUGGACUUCUGUCAGCGGGAGCCUCCAGUGCUGUUUGAGUGUAACCACGCCUGCUCCUGCUGGAGGACCUGCAGGAACCGAGUGGUCCAGAACGGAAUGAGAGCCCGGCUGCAGGUCUUCAGGACACAGAAGAUGGGCUGGGGAGUGAGGGCCAUGCAGGAUAUCCCUCAAGGAACAUUCAUUUGCGAGUAUGUCGGGGAGAUCAUCACUGACGCAGAGGCUGACAAAAGGGAGAAUGACUCUUUCCUCUUCACCCUCGACAAUAAGGUGGGAGACGUACACUGUAUCGAUGCAAGACUCUUCGGCAACAUUGGCCGCUUCAUCAACCACCUGUGUGAGCCCAACGUGCUGGCUGUGAGGGUGUUCACCAUGCACCAGGAUCUACGUUUCCCCAGGAUAGCCUUCUUCUCAAGCAGGCCCAUCAAAGCCGGAGACCAGAUAGGGUUUGACUAUGGCGAUCACUACUGGAGGGUGAAGAGCAAGUUCUUCAGCUGCCAUUGUGGUUCUCUCAAGUGUCGCCACUCAGCUUCCAGCAGAUAGAAACUCACUGAUGACCACUGAUCCUUCUUUCUGUUGGACACAUUCUGUGACCUCUCUAAUGUCAGAAACACUGCCUUCUCAACCAGAUACUACGUAAGAGUGAUGCUUUGAUUAGGUAAACACCUGACAGAUUUAUUUAUACACCUAAUAAGGUUACUUUUCUAUCUGAAGAACACUGCAGCGUGUCAGUGUCUAACUACUUUUAAAGAGCCAGCAAGCAGGUUAAAAAGUCUUAACAGAGGAUUUUAACAUUCAUAAAUUCUUCCUUUAAUACUGCAAAGUCUUAUAUUUGUGGAUUAAUGAAGUGGAGUAAUGUUUUUGGUAGUCUGAUCUUGUCUAUGAACGUGCUUUUUACUACAUGUCUAAUUAGCAAUUAAACACAUUUUAAAAGCA